GGUGUCGCUGCAGAAGAGUAAGAAUGAAUGAAUGAAAGAAAGAAAGAAAGAAAGAAAAAAAGAAAGGGAAAAAAAAGAAAUAAAAGAAGGGAGGGAAGAAAAGGGGAGGGGAGCGACCCGCGAGAAGACAGCAAAAGAGGCGAUCGGGAGGAGCAGAAGGGAAGUUGAUUCGAGCUGGCAUAGACGGGAAAAAAAAAAAGUCGAUCGCCAGCCGCAACAUAAAAGUGUGAGCGACUCCACUCAGCCUAACAGCAGCGGCAGCCACAGGUGCCCCAGACGGGAAGCCAAGCCGUCCACGACAACAGCGCGGAGCAAGGCUCCCGGAGCUGCGGGAUCUGGCGAAGGAGAUCUGCCCGCGUGCCCCUCCCGGUCGACGGGAGGAAGAGGGCGACAAGGCCCCACGGACGCGGGGAGGCUACCCCGCGGUGAUUUCGGCUGGAAGAGGUUCCCGACCCACCAUCAAGAUUUUGUCCAAAAGCAGGCAAGAGGAUCGCCCUGCGCUGAGCCGCCUGGUGGGCAGCAGGCGCCGGCUGAUCGCAGCCGGUGCGCUAGGGGUGGUCAUGGUGCUGCUGCUGGUCAUCCUCAUCCCGGUGUUGGUGAGUUCGGCGGGAACAUCGGCGCACUACGAAAUGCUGGGCACCUGCCGGAUGGUCUGCGACCCCUACGGCGGAACCAAGGCGCCGAGCACGGCGGCCACGCCCGAUCGCGGCCUCAUGCAGUCGCUGCCCACCUUCAUUCAAGGCCCCAAAGGUGAGGCCGGCCGGCCGGGUAAAGCCGGGCCUCGGGGCCCCCCGGGGGAACCAGGUCCGCCGGGGCCAGUGGGCCCGCCGGGAGAGAAAGGUGAACCUGGGCGCCAGGGUCUACCUGGCCCGCCGGGAGCGCCGGGCUUGAACGCGGCCGGGGCGAUCAGCGCCGCCACUUACAGCACGGUGCCCAAGAUCGCCUUCUAUGCGGGCCUGAAGCGCCAACACGAGGGUUACGAGGUCCUGAAGUUCGACGACGUUGUCACCAACCUGGGGAACCAUUACGAUCCGACGACCGGCAAGUUUACCUGCUCCAUCCCGGGCAUCUACUUCUUCACCUACCACGUGCUCAUGCGGGGCGGCGACGGCACCAGCAUGUGGGCUGACCUCUGCAAGAAUAACCAGGUUCGAGCUAGUGCCAUUGCACAAGAUGCAGAUCAAAACUAUGAUUAUGCCAGCAACAGUGUGGUCCUACAUUUGGAACCAGGAGAUGAAGUCUAUAUAAAAUUAGAUGGUGGAAAAGCACAUGGAGGAAACAACAACAAAUACAGCACAUUUUCUGGAUUUAUAAUUUAUGCUGACUGAUAUUAAACACAAACUAAAUGACCUUCUAAUGAUCGAUUCUCUUGGCAAAAAUAAAAGGAUGAAGAAAGCCCAAGGGAUAUUGGUCAUAGACUCUUCAGGAGUGAAGCCAAAUGCUACCUAACCCAUAUCUGUACAACCCAGAGAAAGAUGUUUAAAAAAAUAGAACAAGUAUAAGAGGUGUGUGAUCUACUAUCACCAAAGCAAAAUAGUCCUUGUUGUUAAUGUUCAUGUGAAUGAAGUUCUAUAUAAAUCACAAUUUUUUAUAGAGAGAAAGAAAAAAAAAGCACCAAAUUACUUCUUCAGCAUAUGUGAUAUCCUUGGUGUGCUAUGAUUUCAUGCUGCUUUUCUUCAUCCAUCAGCUUUGGUGCUUAUGACUUAUCUGCUUACUAUGAGCCAAUUCUGAGUAUAUGGUGAAGAAUGUUUUUUCAAUAAAAGGAAGAUGUAAGAGAAAUUCUGCUGUUCCCUCCAAGGGAUAUAUUUGCCUAAUAUUUCUGUUCCUUGGCUAUCUAGAAAUAGGAAGCAGGGCUCCUUCAAAGCUUAGCUCUAUUGUUGUUGUUCUUAGAUGAAAACACAACUACAGCACAAUUGUCUCAUUUUCUGUUAUUGCUUCAAUAUUAUGCAAUUGUUAAUAUUAUGUAAUUCCUUACAGGCAUACCCCACCUCUAGAACCAGGAGGAUUGUCCCAUUUAGUUUAAUAGAGUAAGAACAGUCCACAAAUAUAUGAAGUCAAUGGGCAGAUUUAUGUAUGCAAAGCAAGAGUCAGAAACAAUAAUAAAACAAUUGCAUUCCAUGAAAACAAAAUAUGAAAUUAAAAAAACAACGACCCUAUAUUCUGGGACUAGGAGUGUUGGCGGUAUUAUUUCUAAUAUUUAUUAAGAAUACAAUUUGAUUAUUCUUCUUAAGAAAUUAAAAGGGAUAGAAUUUAUGAUGUAGCUACUCAGGAGCAAAAGUUUGGUAUGGGUUAAAUGUUGAAUCAUUAUGUUGGGCAUCGUCAUAGUUAGAACAGUGUAGGAAAAGAUUUCAGUUUUCAGUUGCAUCUUGUCAAUUACUAAAGAAUUUAGUAGCUUUUUUCAACACUUUUAAGUUUGCUCUUUCCUACAAAUCUCAUUCUGCGUGCCAUUUACAAUUCAAUUUACAAUUACAGCCGUAUGCAAACUUCAGUAGGGGAGCAUUGACAUAAUAUAGCUAGUUAUGGAUAGAACUGAUUAGGUGGGCUUUUAAAAUCUAAUUUGCACAGGGUUAAUUCUGCCCAGUUUAGCACUUCAGGAAGCAUCCCACCUACAGUUAACUGUAUAAACCAGGGAUGGGGGAUGGGUAGCUUGCAGCACAAUCCUAUGCAAAUCUGCUCAGAAGUAAACUGCUUUAAUGAUAGUCUAUAAGUGGUGUUUUGUUGUUAUGUUAUAUCAAAAGAAAUUCCACAUAAACUCCAUGAUGCUAUCAAGUAUCUUUGGGACUGUGACCUGAAGAUUUGUCAAGUAUUAUAACAGUUUAUAAUAUAAUAAUAUUGCUCACAAUCUGAGUUAAUACUAUAUAAUAGUUAUACACUACAUUCAUAAAGUAAAGUCAUCUAAAAAUGAAUAAUCUCCAGAAAAUAAUCCAGUAUGUUUCUAAUUAUUCUCGUUUAAGUUAAAUGUCAAGAUUUUAUAUAUUAAAAACUUAUUGUCUACAAUUAGGCUCCAAACUCAGUAAUGAGACUUCUAGACUUAAUUUGUUUACCGACUUAACACAAAUUAACCUGUGAUUCAAAUAGGAUUUACUUCUGAGUAUUUAUGUACAGGAGUGCAUAUUUUAAGAUCCCAAACUUGUGAAUGUGAUGUUUCAUUAUCAGUCCAAUGCAAAGAGGUAUUCAGAGAAUAUGAAAUAGGAUUGUGUAAAAUAUGUAUAUUUUCAAAUAUGGUACAUUUAAGCCUAUUUUUGUGGAAUGAAGAGACUCAAUGAACUAUUUCAGUUAUAUUCCAUAAACAAUUUUCCAUCUAUUUAAUGAUUUUAUAUAUAAUAUUCUUUGAAAUAACUGAAAAAGUUAAAAUGUAUAUUCCGAAAUUGAGUCCUCCAUUCAUGCAGUUUUCUUAAGCAAGAGCAUGGCAGUCAUGCCUUCUUCUCAGAUACUUGAAAAGAAAUGAAAAGAAGGACUAGGAAUGACAUGAUAGCAGUGUCUCAAUAUUUGAGAGGCUGCCACAAGGAUGAGGGGGUCAAUUUAUUCUCCAAAUCACCUGAUGGCAGGACAAGAAGCAAUAGAUGGAAACUAAUAAAGCAGAAAAGCAACCUACUAAGAACUAAGGAGAAAUUUCCCGACAUUUAGAACAAUUAAUCACUGGAACAAAUUUCCUUCAGAAACCAUUUCUGCUCCAACACUGUAGAUUUUUAAGAAGAGAUUAGACAAACAUUUAUCUGAAAUAGUAUAGGGGUUCCUGCUUGAGCAGGUUGUUGGACUAGAAGACCUCAGAGGUCCCUUCCAACUCUUCUGUUAUUCUGUUUUCAGCAGCCCUGGAAUUCCUUAGUAAUCUCCUAUUGAAGUGCUAAAUAAUUCUUCCUAGUUUUGAAAUCCAGACAAAAACCUGCUCAGGUGCUGCUAUGAAUAAAUAAAUAGGCACUAUAAAUCUGCUUAUGAAGAUACUUUAAAUCAAUCUUUAUUCCUGGUAACUACACAGACAAGUCAUUGCAGCAUGUUUUGGAAGUGGCUUUUCAUUUCCUUCUCACUAGGACUGAGAGGGGGCCUGGCCCAAGGACACCCAAUUGGUUUUGUAUCUAAGACAAGACAAGAACUCAUGGUCUCCUGGUUUCUAGGCUGGCACCUUUAUUUGCUAUAUCAAACUGGGUCUCUAGCACCUUAAAAGUAGAUUCCUGAUAUGCUUGUUAUAUCUAUUCAAUGCACUUUCAAGAAAGUUUUUUUGUUGUUGCAAAAAUCAAUUAAAAAUCUGUCCUAUUGAUAUAUGUAGGAUCACCACAUCGAGAACAUUUCCAGUGAAAUGGCAUUUAUUUAUGUACAAUCCAAUAGAUUCCAUAUGUAUUUUCAGAAGUUAGUUUGAAUUGACUCUUCUUUUUGUUCUUAACCAUACAUUUAAACUGCAAACAUAUUUGUUUGUACAACCCGUAUCUUAACUUAAUUGCCUUACACAAUGUAAGCCGCCCUGAGUCUUCGGAGAAGGGCGGGAUAUAAAUUCAAAUUAAAAAAAAACCCUUCAGUUUGAAUAUUAGAUUUUGAUUUCCAAAACAAUGUCCGUUCCUUUUUCCUCCCUCCCUCCCUCCCUCCCUGAUCCUUGUGAUUGCCUGGCAAAUUCCUAUUUACUAGGCAAAAAUCCACCUUAAAAGGACCAAAUGAAUUCUAUCAUUAUCCAGUCUGGAUUGUAUGAAAAGAAUUUCAUAACAUAUCAAUAGAUCUUAAAAUAUUCCUUUGAUAAUCCUACUGAAAUUUUCUUGAUAAUGCCACCAGUUUGUAAAUUGAUGGAGACAUUAUUUACUUUUCAGUUUGCCACAGCAUAUCUAGAACUCUUUUAAAAAAAAAAACCAUGAAAAUAAUCCUGACAAAUUUACUGACAACAAAACAGGGAGUCAUAUUUAAGAGAAGUUGGUAGAUCUAUGCAGAGGGGCUAGUUUUCAGGAAAGCAAAAGUUUCAACUGCACCUUGAAAUGCAAUGCUGUGUGUUGCAUUUUGGAAAUGAAAAGGCCCAAUUCACAUGUGAAAUUUUUGGCUCAAAUGAACCUAUAAGUAGACA